UUAUCAAGCACUCAAGAUUUAAAAAUCAUUAACUAAAAAAAAUGUUGAAACAAAAUGAAAUUUACAAAAUGUUUGUUGUGAUUUGUGUAACUGGUAUGUUACUUUCAAUAAACUGGACCACCGUCAAUGCUGACGAAGUACCAGCAUUUUUUCUCAAAAUAGCAAAAAAUAUUCCCCGAGUCGGACGGAGCGGCAGGAUCGACGAUUAUUUAUUUAACAAGCAAUCGAACAAUUAUCCACGGGCUAAUAAAGUUGCUGAAUAUACUCCGUCUAAUGAAUAUUUGCCUUACACUGGAGGAAACGAUCCGGAAAUACAUAAAAGGAUGGUGAAUUAUCCUGCACCAGGAAACUUCGAAUCAGUAUCGUGGGAACAUUUCCCUCUAGCUAUUGAAGGACCUCCAGAGCUUUGGCGUACACUUGCAUCAUAUACGAACGAUAAAUAUGGAACCUCUUCUGAUGAUAUCGACAAUGAAGUUUGGCAACGAAAUAAACGCAAAAAUGGUGACGCAGCCUAAGGAUGAGGAAAAAAAAUCUCAAGGAUCGGAAAAUUUUUUAAAAUAAAAAAAUUAAGGAAACAAUUUUUUGUUAAAGGUGUUGGGAAAUAAAUGUAACAAAAAAUAUAUUGUA